AUGUGUAACCCUAUGUAUGUUGCGUACAUCCUCAUUUAUCUAGCAGCAUUUAUCGGCAUGAUCGGCAACCUCAUCGUUGUCUUUGCCUUCGUCAGUAAUGCCGUCCGGCACAGAGCCCUUCUACCUUUGGAUAGAAUCAUUGUCAACAUGGCCCUGGUGAACCUCUUACUCUGCUGCUAUCAGGUAAUCCCUGGGCUCAUCUUCUUUGUCAGCGCCAAGGCUUUUGGAAAGCUGAGCUGCAGGAUCCUCCUCUACACUUACCACACGCUGAGGCUGAUUAGCAUCUGGUCAGUGGAGAAUUUAAGCUUCCUUCACCUGAUCAAGAUCCGAAGACCUAACCACCGCUGGUCAAAAUUCAUCUACAGGCACCAGGGGCAGUAUGUAAAUAGCGUCCUUGUGGGAUGUUGGAUCUUUACCAUCGUUUUCCAUAUCCCUUACCUUCAACAUGACGGAAUGGCAGAGAAGAAGAUUAACAAGACCAUAGAGUAUCUGGCAAUUACAACCUGCUUAAGCUACACAGGGACUUUCAUCAUGAAGUUCACCACCUACGCAUCGGUCAGUUUGGACCUCAUCUUCAUCGUCCUUGUGAUUGUCUUAAAUGGCUUCACCAUCGACCUGCUCUGCAAGCACCGGAGAAAAGUCAGGGCCACUUGGACCACCAACAGCAGUUGGAACAAGCACACGGCCCAAGCCACAAAAAUCUUGCUCUCGUUGCUGUCCAUCUAUGUGGUUUGCUGGAUCUCUAAUGACAUGGUCUGGAUUGCCAUCAUUUCUGGGUUGCUCGAAAGCGAUUUUGAAAACAGCGUCCUCAACGGUGUCUAUGGAAUUCUGUCCUCCAUUUAUUACUCUGCCAGCUCCUACGUUGUGGUGUUUGGCUACAGAAAGGUCAGAGAAUACCUGGCUGAAGCCUGCUGGUGCCUGAAAUGUGAGAGGCCCACAGUCAUUCAGAGCAUGGAGCUGUAG